AUGGACCAGUUGGCUUCUAUAACAGCUUGGACUCCAACGUCAACCAACACACCAACGUCAACUAGUUUGAAAAGUGUAGCCACUACGGCGCAAUCUGCUUUGGAGCUGAGUUUGUCAGCUGCUCUACAUUCCUUCAGCAGUUACGGAACCAAAAUCAACAAUGAACAAUAUGUGAGUGCAUCCAGAGUCAUUCGUGGUGCACAAGCAUCCUUAUCAAUCAUUUCAGCUGAGCAAGUAUUGGCCACUGCAACAGCUGACAAUGUCAAAGCACAAGCUACAGAAUUGAUUUGGAACCUGACUCAAAAUUUGGAUGAUUUAUGGUGGGAUGAAAAUGUCUACGAUAUACGUCGUUUGACUCGUCCAGGAAAUAUCAUUUUCUUAGUAGUCUUUGCCAUUUCAUUCUUGUGGUAUAUCUUAAUUUUAGCCAAGUCAAGAUAUUGGUGGUUCAACAUUGCCUUCUUUUGUGGUGCAGCCUUGGAAUUCUUGGGAUUCCUUGGAAGAGUACUUUCCUUCAAUGAUAUGACCUAUUUUCCAUACUACUUGUUGCAAUUGAUUGUAUUGACUAUAGCGCCAGCUUUCAUUAUGGGUGGUAUAUACUUCCUAUUAGGUCAAUUAGUUAUUAUUCAUGGUCGUCAAUUUUCUAUUUUGAAGCCAUUAUGGUAUGCCUAUAUAUUUAUUGCUUGUGAUGUUACAUCAUUGGUUAUUCAAGCUAUUGGUGGUGGUAUUGCUAGUGUUCGAGCAGAAAAUUAUGAAAAUGCCGAUCCUGGUACCUACACCAUGAUUGCUGGUAUUGCUUUCCAAGUAUUUUCCAUGUCAAUUUAUAUCAUCUUUUGGACAAUGUUUUUAUGGAGAAUUUAUUUUCCAAAGACAGAUAAAUACCCUCAAAUUGAACCUGAAAAGCCUGUUGUUGAUUCACAGCAUUUAUUGAAACCAAGCGUAAAGAAUUUCCUCAAAUUGCUCAUCAAUUCUAAAACAACUGCUGAAUACAAGAAAAACGUCUUAGAACCGUAUUAUAAUCCCAAAUAUGCUGACAUUAGACUGAGAAAAUUGUAUGAUUAUUUUGCUUUGGCCGUUUCUUUGGCCAUUAUUGCGGUUUUUGUUCGAUGUAUUUACAGGGUUGUUGAAUUGGCACAAGGUUUCAGCGGUUACUUGAUAACACAUGAAGUUUACAUCAUGUGUUUGGAUGCCCUUAUGUUGUUCAUUGCGUUAUACAUUUUCAUUCCCUUCCAUCCACACAUUGUUUUUGGUGCAAGUAAUAUCAUUAGAUUGGGCGACAUCAAGGAAAAUGCCGACCAAAAAAUAGAGGAAGAGGUGCUAUACCCAAUAGAUGACGAUUAUGGCAGCAAUGGCACGAAGAAUGGGACUGCUGCGGGAAGUCCAUAUGGAGAAGAGAGACAUGAUAUCAAUAAGAAUGGUAAAUUUGAAGACAGCGAUGCGUCUUACAAGGCAGAACUUGGCGACGCAAACCACGCCUCUUAUCCAGUAGAGCAAGUACCACAUGGCUCCUACCCAGUAGACAACAACCAAGUACUCCACGAAACGCAUCCAACAAAUAAUAGUGAUGUUUAUCUUGGACCUUAUGAACCAGGACCCAAGUAA